CGUGAAAGUGUGGAUGCUUCCAGAUUCAAUUGCGCCGAUUGACAUUACAAAUCACAGAAAAUCCUUUCGCUCUCUCUCUCUCUCUGUUCUACCCCAAAAUUUUUGCUUUCUUCUUCCCGCCAUUUCAUUCCCUCUCUUUGCCCGAAGAUUUUAAAAACGCACUUUAAAAGUUUAAACUUAAGCACCUCUCUCUCUUUCUGUAUUCCAAACAGUGAGCGUUUCUAUCUAAAAGAUACGAGUGUUGUCUUGGGGGAAAGAGCAUAGUUAUCUGGUUUGAGCAGGAAGAGAAUUUGCAGUUCUGUUGAUUACUACUCUUUGAAAAAUUUGAGUAGUAGACUUUCCUAUUACUACUGCUUGUUGAGGAUGGAGUGCAAUAAAGAUGAGGCCUCUCGAGCCAAAAGGAUUGCAGAGGAGAAGAUGGAGAACAAUGACUUUGAAGGGGCGAGAAAGAUUGCCUUGAAAGCACGAAAUUUGUACCCUGAACUUGAGAAUAUACCACAGAUGCUGGCCAUAUGUGAUGUUCACUGUGCAGCUAAAAAUAGGAUUUUGGGAUCCGAAAAGGACUGGUACGGAAUCCUUGGGGUUGGAAAGUUGGCUGAUGAAUUGACUAUCAAGAAACAAUACCGACGACUUGCACUAGUUCUCCAUCCUGAUAAGAACAGAUUUCCUGGUGCAGAAGCUGCUUUUAAGCUGAUUGGGGAAGCAAAUUUAGUGCUUACGGACCCAGCAAAGAGGACUUCAUUUGACAGUAAGAUUAGAGUUUCAGUUCGAUCAACUCCAUCAAAUCAAACCCCUCAUCACAUAAACAUAAAUCCUUCUUUUAAGAAACAAUAUGGAUUCCAAAACAAAGUCCCAAACUAUUUUGCUGAUAAAUUCAGUGGUCUGAAUCAUCAUCAAGCAACAGGGUUUAAUUCUACAGUUGGACAGGAAAUGUUCUGGACUUGUUGCCCGUUUUGCAUUAUUAAAUUCCCUUGCCAGAAAGAAAAUGGGAACAAAUCUUUGCAGUGCCCUUACUGCUUAAAAACCUUUAUUGCUUAUGAUGUAGGUUCCCAAGGUGUUUCCGUAGGAUCCAAAUGUAGUCAACCCAGUGCUCCACACGUGUUUUCGAAAGCAGGGAUACCAAACCAGGGCCCCCCGAAAAAGGGUGUGCAAAGUAACACUACAUUCCCAGCUCCUGGUGCAGGAUCUCAGGGGAGUGCUAGUGGUAAAGCACUUGGAUCAGAAUCAGGUAUGCGGACCAAUAGCACUGCCAAGGUCAGUGGGGAUGUGAAAGUGAAAGAAAGAAAGACGCGGAAUUUCUAUUCAACGAGUGGUGGAAUUUCCAAUGGGGAUGAAAUGACUAGAGAACCAGGAGAUCAGAAAAACAAAAAUAGGAAGAGGGGAAGGAAGAGGGCAGUGGAAUCUAGCGAGAGUUGUGAUACAUCAAGUAGUGAUGACAUAGAAGAUGUGACUGUUGAGGAAAAUUUUGGAGAUCCUGCUAACAUGGGAGAUUCUGGACUUAAUAGUAACCACAUUGUACGAAGAUCAACUAGGCAAAGGCAGCAUAUCUCAUACAAUGAAAUUGAUGAUGACAAUGACUACAAUGACAUUGCCAUCCCUCCAAAGAGAUCAUGUAGUAAUAGUAAAGAAGAGCAAGAGGAUUCUCUAGAUACUGAAGAUUUGACGGGUGGUGAUGCAAAUAGCUUUCAUACUGAUGCAGACAACACAAGAACUCAAGAAAUAGAUGAUUCUCAAUCAGAUUCAGAUGAAAAAAUAUAUGAGUGUCCCGAUCCAGAAUUCAAUGAUUUUGACAAGGGCAGAGAGGAAAGCUGUUUUGCUGUUGAUCAAAUGUGGGCUUGUUUUGAUACAUUAGAUGGCAUGCCAAGAUUCUAUGCACUGGUCAAGAAGGUAGAGAGUCCUGGAUUUAAAUUGCAAAUUACCUGGUUAGAAGCUGAUCCAGAAGAUGAAGAUGAGAAGAAUUGGGUUAGAAAGGAGUUACCUGUUGGUUGUGGCCGAUUCAAGCGUGAGACGACUCAAUAUACUUCUGAUCGUUUUACAUUCUCUCAUCAAGUGCUUUAUGAGAAAGGUAAGAAGAGAGGUUCUUUAGUAAUAUAUCCUAGGAAAGGGGAGAUUUGGGCUCUUUUCAGGGACUGGGAUAUAAGGUGGAGUUGCAACCAAAAGAAUCCUAAACAUUUCAAAUAUGAAAUUGUGGAGGUUCUCUCUGAUUUUGUUGCAGGUGAUGGUGUGAAGGUUGCUUACUUGGAUAAAGUUAGAGGAUUUGUGAGCCUAUUUCAGCGAAUGGGCAAGAGUGAGGCUGAUUCAUUUUUGAUACGGCCCAAUGAGCUGUUUAGGUUCUCUCAUCAAAUUCCUUGUUUUAGAAUGAAUGGUGCUGAAAGAAGUGGAGUUCCAGAAGGUUCCUUUGAACUUGAUCCCAAUUGCAUACCUCUCAAUCCUGAUGAUUUGUGGUACCCAGUCAAGGGAAAGGCAUUCAAGGAAAACAUGGAUGCUGAAGUCAACGCAAAGUAAUUUUGCACCUGAGAGUAUGAGCAUGCUGAAGUUGUGGACUUUAGAUGAUUGUUGAGAAGAUGUCUAAACAAAAAACGCCUUCUAUUUUGUAGUAUAUUAUUAAAUGUAAAAGGAAAACAUGACAGUGAAUCCAGUCCAUGGCAAAGCAAUUGCUAAAUGCUACUCUACCCAGCCAUUGGAUGUAUAUUGUGAAUUUGAGAGGGAUGAACUUUGGGAUCAGCGAUCUGUGCUCUGGUGAGAGAUUCUGUGACUUUUAGUUGAGUCUUUUUUUGGCUGUUCUUCCAGUAAAGAAUGAUUUUGCAUGGCGUUCUGCUUACCAGCUCACUGGGAAGGAUCAGGUCUUUUAAGCAAGCUAGGAGCUUUUAUCCAGCCACGGUUUCAGGGAGAAUAUAUGGAAAAGAUGAAGUUAAGGAACUAGAAUCCUUGUGAAAUUAAACUGUUGUUACUAGAAAUGAUUUAUGGUUUACCAUGUGUAUUUUAACAUAUUGCCUGGACAAUGACCUUUUGUAAUUGCAGCUGUUUUAUUCUAGAUAGAGGAUGAACCCCGUGUUUUUGCCUUGUAGCGGACCUCCAGUUAGGUUUAUUUCUUUGAUGAUGUAAAGAUCUGUUCUGUUAAGACAUGCUAAUGGUGGAGGGUUCUGUAUGCAAAUUGGAAUUACCUUUUCUUUU